UCGGUGCGGUGGGUACCAUAGCCAUUACGGCGACUCUAUUUUUAUACAAACAGAUAUUUUUUUAACUUUCAAGUGCAAGUUUUGUGUACAAAGGGAUUUUUAACUUAAGUGAAAAUUUACGGAUUUUAUACAUACACUUCGCUUUGCUGAAAUUCGUUUCUAAUUGGUAGAAAAAAAUGGCGACAUCGGUUCUCCAACCUGAAGAAUGUAGACGUGAACAUGAACCAAAACCCGAUAUAGAACCGCGGCUGACGAAGGAUGAGAGGCUGCAGAUUUUAGAAGCUAAAGAGAGGGAGACAGGAGAGCUGCCAGCUGAGCUAAGGGAGAGAGCAAGAGUAGAGUUGAGAGAAGAACCGGCGAUAAGAGAACACGCCCUUGCGCAGAUGAGGCAUUUCAUAGAGAAACACCCGGCGAUAAAAAAGUCACGAACAGAUGCUCCCUUUCUGUUGCGGUUUCUACGCACGAAGAAAUACUCCAUUCCCCAAGCUUGCUCGAUGCUGGAACGUUAUCUAACCAUAAGACAAAUGCAUCCACAUUGGUUCCAAAAACUGGAUCCUUUAGACCCGAAAAUAGCGGCUGUCAUCGAUGCAGGGUAUCUGGUGCCGUUGCCGAAGAGAGACGCUGAAGGAAGGCGUGUAGUAUUGUCUUGUAUGGGUCGCUUUGACCCCCACGUCUACGACAGUUGCGUAAUGGCGCGCGUUCAUUCCAUGAUCGUGGAGUUGUUACUGGACGAACCCAGGUCUCAACUUCUGGGGUACACACACGUGAAUGAUGAAGCCGGAAUGCAGAUGCCUCACGUCAGCUUAUGGUCUUUUAGUGAUGUACGCGUCAUGUUAAAUUGUAUACAAAAUUCUACACCCAUGCGACACAAGUGCACCCAUUUCGUGAAUAUUCCGCAGUACGGCGUCAGAUUUUUUGAGUUCGCAGUGUCUCUGCUUAGUGAGAAACUUAAAGAUCGUGUUAUGUUUCAUCGAACCAGCGAAGAUCUCACAAAACACGUGGACCCAGCUAUUUUACCGAAAGAAUACGGCGGUACUGUCCCACUUAGGGAUAUGAUUGAAGAAUUGAAAUUAAAUCUAUUGAAACAUAGAGACGAGUUAUUAGCAUUAGACGAUAUGUGUGUUGACUUACACGCACUCGAAAAGAAUGACAUUACCCAAGAUAUACAUUCAACGGCUGGUUCGUUCAGAAAACUUGAAUUAGAUUAGUGUUUAAGGAUAAGUUACAACAAUGAUUUACUUAACUUAUUGUAAAAUUAAAUUCUAAAAUCAAUUAUAUUGUAAAAAGAAAUUCUAAAAUCAAUUUCUACUGUCUACAAAGUGACAUUUCAGCUUUCAGUUCUCUAAUUCUUAAACUUAUCAUUGUCCUCGAAGGGUAUUUUUAUGUUUCCAACAUUUUUUUUUAAAUUUUCUACCGCUUCGGCGUCGCUCACUAGUUUGGUUGUAGUUCAAAUAGUUUUUUUAGUAUUAUUUCUUGUUAGGGAACGUAUCUACACAACGUGACCCAUUCGUAGCAGCUAAAUUAAAUUAUAGUGAACAUUUUUAAUACAUAAGGUUAAUUUAUCACUUAUAAUUAU